AUGCAAGGUCCCUCCUUUUUUUCAUUUUCGUUCUGGUCACUUGAAGACCGUGAUCGCUAUCCUCUCUCUGUAUAUCACACUCUCUCUCUCUGUCUCUGUAUAUCAUUCUCUCUUUCUGUAUAUCUUUCUCUCUCUCUGCCCCUGUAUAUCAUUCUCUCCCGCUCGUCCCUGUAUAUCAUUCUCUCUCUCUUUCUGUGUCUCUCUGUAUCAUUCUCUCUCUCUCCCUCUCUGUCCCUUUAUAUCAUUCUCUCUCUCGCUCUCCCUCUCUCUGUAUAUCACACUCUCUCUCUGUCUCUGUAUAUCAUUCUCUCUCUCUGUAUAUCACACUCUCUCUCUGUUUAUCAUUCUCUCUUUCUCUCUGUCCCUCUAUAUCAUUCUCUCUCUCUGUCCCUCUAUAUCAUUCUCACUCUCUCUCUGUCCCUCUAUAUCAUUCUCUCUCUCUCUCUGUCCCUCUAUAUUAUUCUCUCUCUCUCUCUCUCUGUCCUUCUAUAUCAUUCUCUCUCUCUCUAUAUAUAUAUAGAUAUAUAUCAUUCUCUCUCUCUCUGUAUAUUAUUCUCUCUCUCUCUCUCUGUAUAUCAUUCUCUCUGUCUCUGUCUAUGUAUAUCAUUCUCUCUCUCUCUCUCUCUGUAUAUCAUUUUUCUCUUUAUAUCUCUUUCUCUUUAUAUUAACCUCUUUGUCUCUUUCUCUUACAAUAUCUUUCCCUCGCUCUUUCUUUUUAUAUCAAUCUGUUUCUCUUUUUUUAUAUCAAUCUGUUUCUCUCACUUUAUAUCAAUCUCUUUCCCUCUCUUUUUAUAUCAGUCUGUUUCUCUCACUUUAUAUCAAUCUCUUUCCCUCUCUCUUUAUAUCAAUCUCUUUCUCUCUCUCUCUUUUUACAUCAAUCUCUUUCUCUCACUUUAUAGAAUGUUCAUGAAUGUAGGCAUCAUAUCUCCCUCAUAUACAUAUUAA